AUGGCUGCACUACCAAAUCUCACCGGGCUUCAGAUCGAGGCGACGUCGUUUCCACCGUCAGUCAAACCCCCAGGCUCCGCCAACACUCUGUUCCUCGGCGGCGCAGGGGUGAGGGGGCUGGAGAUUCAGGGGAAAGUCAUUAAGUUCACGGCGAUUGGCGUGUACUUGGAGGAUAAGGCCGUGCCUCUGCUCGCCGUUAAGUGGAAGGGCAAGACCGCCCAGGAGCUGACGGAGUCCGUUGAGUUCUUCAGAGAGAUCGUUACAGGUCCAUUUGAGAAAUUCACACAGGUGACAACGAUACUGCCACUAACCGGCCAGCAAUACUCGGAGAAGGUUUCGGAGAAUUGCGUUGCGAUUUGGAAAUCAAUCGGAAUUUACACUGAUGCAGAAGCCAAGGCCAUUGAGAAGUUCCUUGAGGUCUUCAAGGAUCAAAACUUCCCACCUGGCGCCUCUAUCCUUUUCACACAAUCUCCCAAUGGAUCGUUAACGAUUAGCUUCUCCAAAGAUGCAUCCAUACCAGAAGCCGGGAACGCGGUGAUCGAAAACAAACUGCUUUCGGAGGCAGUUCUAGAGUCGAUCAUCGGAAAGCACGGCGUUUCUCCUGAAGCAAGGCAGAGUGUAGCUGCGAGGUUAUCUGAAUUGUUGAAGUAG